AUGGACCACUCCUUCAGCGGAGCACCCCGCUUCCUGACGCGGCCAAAGGCCUUUGUGGUAUCUGUUGGCAAGGAUGCCACGCUGAGCUGCCAGAUCGUGGGCAACCCCACGCCACAUGUGAGCUGGGAGAAGGAUCGGCAGCCAGUGGAGGCAGGAGCACGCUUCCGCCUGGCCCAGGACGGGGAUGUGUACCGCCUCACCAUCCUCGAUUUGGCGCUAGGUGACAGCGGGCAGUAUGUGUGUCGCGCGAGGAACGCCAUAGGGGAGGCCUUCGCCGCCGUAGGCCUGCGAGUGGACUCCGAGGGCACGUGUGCUGAGCAGGCGCCCCACUUUCUGCUGCGGCCCACAUCCAUUCGAGUGCGCGAGGGCGCGGACGCCACCUUCCGAUGUCGCGUUGGCGGCUCACCACAACCUGCUGUGAGCUGGUCCAAAGAUGGGCGGCGCCUGGGCGCACCCGAUGCCCCCCAUGUGCGCGUGGAAGAUCACGGCGAGGCGAGCGCGCUUCGCAUCCGGUCGGCCAGGCCUCGCGAUGGUGGCACCUACGAAGUCCGAGCAGAGAACCCGCUGGGCUCCGCCAGCGCUGCCGCCGCUCUCGUGGUGGACUCGGACGCCGAGGUUGCCGGACCACCCGGAACCUCCACCGCCACCCUCCUGGCGCAUCUGCAGCAGCGGCGCGAGGCCAUGCGCGCAGAGGGCGUCCCCCCUUCUCCACCCGGCGCUGGCACGCGCACCUGCACGGUGACCGAAGGCAAACACGCACGCCUCAGCUGUUUUGUGACCGGCGAGCCCAAGCCCGAGACGGUGUGGAAGAAGGACGGGCAGCUGGUGACCGAGGGCCGGCGACACGUAGUGUAUGAGGACGAGCAAGAGAACUUUGUCCUUAAGAUUCUUUUCUGCAAGCAGUCCGAUCGCGGCCUCUACACCUGCACAGCAUCCAACCUCGUGGGCCAGACCUACAGCUCGGUGCUGGUGGUCGUGAGAGAGCCGGCGGUGCCCUUCAAGAAGCGGCUGCAGGACCUGGAGGUGCGAGAGAAAGAAUCUGCCACAUUCCAGUGCGAGGUGGCUCAGCCAGCCACCGAGGCGGCGUGGUUCAAGGAGGAGACCCGGCUAUGGGCCAGCGCCAAGUACGACAUCGAGGAGGAGGGCACCGAGCGCCGGCUGACCGUGCGCAACGUCUCGGCAGACGACGACGCGGUGUACAUCUGCGAGACCACAGAGGGCAGCCGCACGGUGGCAGAGCUCUCUGUUCAAGGAAACUUGACCAGAAAGCUGCCUCGGAAGACAGUAGUGCGUACUGGAGAUACAGCCAUCUUUUGGGUGGAGCUGGCUGUCCCCGAAGGCCCUGUCCGGUGGCUACGGAACCAGGAGGAGAUGGUGGCAGGAGGCCGGGUUGCCAUCACUGCAGAAGGCACUUGCCACACACUGACCAUCUUUCAGUGCACCUUAGAGGACAUGGGUGAGGUGGCCUUUGUGUCUGGUGGCUGCCGAACGACCACCCAAUUCUGUGUAUCAGCACCCAGGAGGCCACCCCUGUACCCUCCUGCUGACCCUGUUGUAAAGGCCAAGUCCGAGAGUUCUGUGACCCUCAGCUGGUCCCCACCACCCCGUGGGGACCGCCCUGUCACUAUUGAUGGGUAUGUGGUGGAGAAGAGGAAGCUGGGUGCCUAUGCCUGGAGCAGGUGUCAUGAGGCUGAAUGGCUGGCCACAACUGAGUUUACUGUCACCGGUGUGGCUGAGGAAGGGGACUUCCAGUUCCGAGUGUCAGCCAUCAAUCACUUUGGCCAGAGUCCUUACCUUGAGUUUCCAGGGACCAUGCACUUGGUCCCCAUGCUGGCUGUAAAGACACCUCUGAAGGCGGUGGAGGCAGUGGAGGGUGGUGAGGUCACUUUCUCUGUGGACCUCACGGUGGCCUCUUCGGGCGAGUGGUUUCUGGAUGGGGAGCCCUUGAAAGCUAGCAGUAUAUACGUGAUCCGUUGUGACCGUACCCGGCAUAUGCUCACCAUCAGAGAGGUGCCCGCCAGAUUGCAUGGGGCACAGCUGAAGUUUGUGGCUAACGGCAUUGAAACCAGCAUCCAAAUGGUGGUCCGAGCAGCUCUGGUGCUGCCCAGCAGCAAGCUUCCUGCUGUGGCUGCCCGGGAGGUGCUGGCCCAGUUGCACGAGGAGGCACAGCUGCUGGCUGAGCUGUCGGACCAGGCUGCAGCUGUGACUUGGCUGAAGGAUGGUCGGGAACUGUCCCUAGGGCACAAGUAUGAGAUGCAGGUAUCAGCUGGAAAGCGAGCACUGCUGGUGCGAGACGUGGCACAGGAUGACGCUGGCCUCUAUGAGUGUGUCAGUCGUGGGAGCCGCAUUGCCUACCAGUUGUUGGUGCAAGACAGAGCCGAUGACUAUAUGGAUAAUGUGACUGGAGGCUCAGCUGGAGCUCAGGACCACAUGUGCAAGUGUGCUGCAAAGACAGCAAGAUGCUUGGGUCCCUCUUGCUACCACUUCUUGCAGUAUGACAGGGGGAUAUGGCAUUGGGUGGGGGCGGCUUUGGACACCAGGCAGGGCAAGGGUACCUCCUCCUGCUCCCUGCACGAAGAUGCUGUAGACUUGCAGUGCUGGCAGAGAUGCACACCACCCUUCAGGGGACUGGGGUUCCUCACACUGGAUCAUUGCGUGGAACCCAAGGUGGUAUUUGCCAAGAAGCAGCAGGCACGCAGCGAGGUGAAGGCAGAGGAAGGGGCCAGUGCCACACUGAGCUGCGAGGUGGCCCAGGCCCAGACUAAGGUGACGUGGUUCAAGGAUGGGAAGAAGCUGAUCUCCAGCUCGAAGGUGCAAGUGGAGGCCUCAGGCUGCUCCAGAAGGCUGGUGGUGCAGCAGGCGGGCAAGGCGGAUGCUGGGGAGUACAGCUGCGAGGCUGGGGGACAGAAGGUGUCCUUCCGUCUGGACGUCACAGAGCCCAAGCUGGUGUUCGCUAAGGAGCAGCAGGCACGCAGCGAGGUGAAGGCAGAGGCAGGGGCCAGUGCCACACUGAGCUGCGAGGUGGCCCAGGCCCAGACUGAGGUGACAUGGUUGAAGGAUGGGAAGAAGCUGAGCUCCAGCUCGAAGGUGCGAGUGGAGGCCUCAGGCUGCUCCAGAAGGCUGGUGGUGCAGCAGGCGGGCAAGGCGGAUGCUGGGGAGUACAGCUGCGAGGCCGGGGGACAGAAGGUGUCCUUCCAUCUGGAUGUGGCAGGGACCAUCAUGGUUAUCUUGGGGUCAGUCACUGAGCAGAGGAGCAUCGGGGCAGAGCAUUACAGCUGCGAGGCCGGGGGACAGAAGGUGUCCUUCCGUCUGGAUGUACCAGAGCCCAAGCUGGUGUUUGCUAAGGAGCAGCAGGCACGCAGUGAGGUGAAGGCAGAGGCAGGGGCCAGUGCCACACUGAGCUGCGAGGUGGCCCAGGCCCAGACUGAGGUGACGUGGUUGAAGGACGGGAAGAAACUGAGCUCCAGCUCAAAGGUGCGAGUGGAGGCCUCAGGCUGCUCCAGGAGGCUGGUGGUGCAGCAGGUGGGCAAGGCGGAUGCUGGGGAGUACAGCUGCGAGGCCGGGGGACAGAAGGUGUCCUUCCGUCUGGAUGUGGCAGAGCCCAAGCUGGUGUUCGCUAAGGAUCAGCAGGCACGCAGCGAGGUGAAGGCAGAGGCAGGGGCCAGUGCCACACUGAGCUGCGAGGUGGCCCAGGCCCAGACUGAGGUGACAUGGUUGAAGGAUGGGAAGAAGCUGAGCUCCAGCUCAAAGGUGCGAGUGGAGGCCUCGGGCUGCUCCAGGAGGCUGGUGGUGCAGCAGGCGGGCAAGGCGGAUGCUGGGGAGUACAGCUGCGAGGCUGGGGGACAGAAGGUGUCCUUCCGUCUGGACGUCACAGAGCCCAAGCUGGUGUUUGCCAAGGAGCAGCAGGCACGCAGUGAGGUGAAGGCAGAGGCAGGGGCCAGUGCCACACUGAGCUGCGAGGUGGCCCAGGCCCAGACUGAGGUGACGUGGUUGAAGGACGGGAAGAAGCUGAGCUCCAGCUCAAAGGUGCGAGUGGAGGCCUCGGGCUGCUCCAGGAGGCUGGUGGUGCAGCAGGCAGGCAAGGCGGAUGCUGGGGAGUACAGCUGCGAGGCCGGGGGACAGAAGGUAUCCUUCCAUCUGGAUGUGGCAGAGCCCAAGCUGGUGUUCGCUAAGGAGCAGCAGGCACGCAGCGAGGUGAAGGCAGAGGCAGGGGCCAGUGCCACACUGAGCUGCGAGGUGGCCCAGGCCCAGACUGAGGUGACAUGGUUGAAAGACGGGAAGAAGCUGAUCUCCAGCUCAAAGGUGCGAGUGGAGGCCUCUGGCUGCUCCAGGAGGCUGGUGGUGCAGCAGGCGGGCAAGGCAGAUGCUGGGGAGUACAGCUGCGAGGCUGGGGGACAGAAGGUGUCCUUCCGUCUGGACGUCACAGAUGCUGGGGAGUACAGCUGCGAGGCCGGGGGACAGAAGGUGUCCUUCCGUCUGGAUGUCACAGAGCCUGAGUCCCAAAUUCCAGAGAGACCCAGCCGCAGGGAGCCUCUGGUUGUCAAGGAACAUGAGACCUUUGUCCUGACUGCCACCAUGGCUGCACCCUCUGUGGCUGCUGUGACCUGGCUCAAAGAUGGCGUGGAGAUCCGCCGCAGUAAGCGGCACGAGGCAGCCAGUCUGGGCGAUACCCAUACCCUGACCGUGAGAGGUGCACAGGUCCUGGACAGUGCUAUCUACAGCUGCCGUGUCGGCAAGGACGGUCAGGACUUCCCGGUGCAGGUAGAAGAGGUGGCCACCAAGUUCUCCAAACCCCUGGAGCCCAUCGAAGGGGAAUUGGGUGGCACCGUGACACUGGUCUGUGAGAUGAGCCCGGAGCAGGCUGAGGUUGUGUGGCGCUGUGGAAACACACAGCUGCGGGCGGGCAAGCGCUUCCAGAUGACAUCUGAGGGGCCUAGGCGCACACUGACCGUGUCUGGCCUUCGAGAGGAUGACGCAGAGGAGUAUGUGUGUGAGAGCCGGGAUGACCGCACCAGUGCACGGCUCACUGUCAAAGUUCCCCGCGUGGUCAAGUUUACAUCUGGAUUGAGUGCCAUGGUCGCAGAGGAGGGCCAAGAGACCACCUUCCAGUGUGUCGUGUCCCCCAGCGAUGCGACGGUCAUGUGGUACAAGGAUGGCACGCAGCUGAAGCCUAGCGAGAAGUUUGUUAUGGUGCAGAGUGGAGCCAGCCGAAGCUUGACUAUCGUGGGCCUGACCCUGGAGGAUGCUGGCCAUGUCACAGUGGAGGCUGAGGGUGCCUCAUCUUCUGCUGCCCUCCGGGUCCGAGAGGCACCGGUCCUCUUCAAAAAGAAGCUUGAGCCACAGACGGUGGAGGAGAGGACCUCUGUGACACUGGAGGUGGAACUGACGCGGCCCUGGGCUGAGGUGAAGUGGACACGGAAUGCUGCCAUCCUGGCACCCAGUGAGAACGUUGAGAUCCAUGCUGAGGGAGCUCGGCACCGUCUGGUGCUGCGGAGUGUGGGCUUCGCUGACCGUGGCUUCUUUGGCUGUGAGACACCAGAUGACAAGACUCAGGCCAAGCUCAAUGUAGAAAUGCGACAGGUCCGACUGGUUCGAGGUUUGCAGGAGGUGGUGGCUAAGGAACAGGGCACGGCCUCAAUGGAUGUGGAGUUGUCCCAUGCUGAGGUGGAGGGCAGCUGGACUCGAGAUGGCCUGCGACUUCAGCCUGGACCCAAAUGCCACCUGGCUGUGCAAGGCCCUGUCCACAUCCUCACACUCUCGGCGCUGCAGCCACAGGACAGUGGGUUGGUGGCCUUCAGGGCUGAGGGCGUGCACACAUCUGCACGGCUCAUAGUCACUGAGUUGCCCGUGAGCUUCACCCGACUACUACAGGAUGUGGUGGCCACUCAGAAGGAGAAGGUGACCCUGGAGUGUGAGUUGUCACGGCCUGUGGAUGUGCGCUGGCUGAAGGAUGGUGUGGAGCUGCGGGCAGGCAAGGCCAUUGGCAUAGUGGCUCAGGGAACCUGCAGGAGUCUCGUUAUCUACCGGUGUGAGACUGGGGACCAGGGUGUCUAUGUAUGUGAUGCUCUUGAUGCUCAGACCUCGGCCUCUCUGAGGGUGCAGGGGAGGACAUACACUCUUAUCUUCCGGAGGGUACUGGCAGAAGAUGGAGGGGAGAUCAAAUUUGUAGCUGAGAACGCAGAAUCAAGAGCUCACCUCCGAGUGAAAGAACUGCCGGUGACCCUCCUGCGCCCACUGCGGGAUAAGAUUGCCAUGGAAAAACACCGUGGUGUGCUUGAGUGCCAGGUGUCCCGGGCUAGUGCCCAGGUUCGGUGGUUCAAGGGCAGAGUCGAGCUGCAGUCUGGGCCCAAGUACGAGGUGGUCAGUGACGGCCUUUACCGAAAGCUAGUCAUCAAUGAUGUGCAGCCUGAGGAUGAAGAUACUUAUACCUGUGAUGCUGGCGACGUCAAAACCAGUGCCCAGUUCUUUGUUGAAGAGCAAUCCAUCACUAUUGUGCGUGGGCUGAAGGACAUGACGGUUAUGGAGCCUGCCCCUGCCUGGUUUGAAUGUGAGACCUCCAUACCUUCUGUGAGGCCACCCAAGUGGCUCCUUGGGAAGACUGUGCUACAGGCAGGGGCGAACGUGGGGCUGGAGCAAGACGGUACUGUGCACCGGCUGACACUACACAAGACCUGCUCUACCAUGACCGGGCCAGUGCAUUUCACCAUUGGCAAGUCUCGCUCCUCUGCCCAGCUUGUUGUCUCAGACAUUCCUGUGGUACUGACACGGCCUCUGGAGCCAAAAGCAGGGCGUGAGCUGCAGUCGGUAGUCCUGUCCUGUGACUUCAGGCCAGCCCCCAAGGCUGUGCAGUGGUACAAGGAGGAUACACCUCUGACCCCGUCAGAAAAGUUCAAGAUGGCGCUGGAGGGCCAGAUGGCAGAGCUGCGCAUACUCCGGCUCACUCCAGCUGAUGCUGGGGUCUACCGGUGCCAGGCGGGUAGUGCCCAGAGCAGUGCAGAGGUUACUGUGGAAGCUCGGGAGGUGACAGUGGUUCAGCCACUGCAGGAUGCUGAAGCCAUGGAGGAAGGCCGCGUCUGCUUCUCCUGUGAGCUGUCCCAUAAGGACGAGGAUAUUGAAUGGUCACUCAAUGGUACACCCCUAUACAAUGACAGCUUCCACGAGAUCAGCCAUGAGGGCUGUCUCCACACACUGGUGCUGAAGAGUGUCCGGCAGGCUGACACAGGCACCGUGUGUGCCACCUCCCCCAAGGUGUCCGUUUCUGCCCGGCUGGUGGUUAAAGCAAAGCCAGUGGUGUUCCUGAAAGCACUGGAUGACGUAUCUGCAGAAGAGCGUGGCACACUGACCCUGCAUUGCGAGGUCUCCGACCCAGAGGCACGCGUGGUUUGGCGCAAAGAUGGCGUGGAGCUGGGUCCCAGUGACAAGUAUGACUUCCUACACAAGGCAGGUGCCCGGAGCCUUACGGUCCAUGACCUGAGCCAUGAGGAUGCUGGACUGUACACCUGCCAGGCAGGCAGUAAAGAGACCCAGUCCAGGGUCAGCGUGCAUGAUCUUCAUGUGGGCAUCACCAAGAGGUUAAAGACUGUGGAGGUGCUGGAGGGAGAGAGCUGCAGCUUUGAGUGUGUCCUUUCCCACGAGAGUUCCAGUGACCCAGCAGUGUGGACAGUCGGUGGGAAGACAGUGGGUGGUUCUGGCCACUUUCAAGCCGUUCGGCAGGGCCGCAAAUACACCCUGACAGUCAAAGAUGCUGCACUCAGUGAUGCAGGAGAGGUGAUCUUCUCAGUGCUGGGCCUCACAUCCAAGGCCUCACUCAUUGUCAGAGAGAGGCCAGUGGACAUCACAAAGCCCCUGGAGGACCAGCGGACUACGCUUGGGGAAGAUGUGAUGCUAAGCUGUGAGCUGUCUCGGGCAGGCACCUCUGUGCGCUGGCUGAAAGAUGGGAAGGCCAUCCGGAAGAGUCAGAAGUAUGACCUGCUCAGUGAAGGCACACGGGCUGUGUUGGUUGUCCGCAAGGCCUCGCUUAAGGAUUCUGGAGAGUACACCUGUGAGACAGAAGCUUCCAAAAGCACUGCCAGGCUCUGUGUGGAAGAAAAGGCAAACCGGUUCACAGAGGAGUUGGCUGACCUGCAGGUGGAAGAGAAAGGCAGAGCGGUGUUCACAUGCAAGACAGAGCACCCGGCAUCUGUCGUGACCUGGCGCAAAGGCCUCCUGGAGCUGCGUGCCUCAGCGAAGCAUGUCCUCAGUCAGGAGGGCUUGACCCUGAAACUUACCAUCAAUGCCCUGGAGAGGACAGACAGUGACACUUACACCUGUGACAUUGGCCAAGCCCGGACCCAGGCCCGGCUCCUCGUCCAUGGCCAGAAAGUGCGUGUUAUUGAGGACCUAGAGGACACUGCUGUCCAGGAGGGCUCCUCUGCCAAGUUUUGCUGCCGCAUCUCCCCUGCUGACUAUGGUCCUGUGCACUGGUUCCUGGAUAAGACCCCCUUGCACAGCAAUGAACUGAAUGAAAUCACUGUCGAGCCUGGAGGCUACCAUGUGCUUACCCUGCGGCAGCUGGCGCUCAAGGAUUCAGGCACUGUCUACUUCGAGGCGGGUGACCAGCGGACCUCAGCUGCCCUGCGGGUGACUGAGAAGCCGAGUAUCUUCUCUCAGCCACUCACAGACGUCACAGUCACGGAAGGCGAGGACCUGACUCUUGUCUGUGAAACCACCACCUUGGAUAGCUCUGUGCGCUGGACCAAAGAUGGGAAGACAUUGAGGCCAUCUGCACGAUGCCAGCUGAGCCGUGAAGGCUGUCAGGCACAGCUGGUCAUCACUGGUACCACCCUACAAGAUGGUGGGCGGUACAAAUGUGAGGUUGGCGGAGCAUCCAGCAGCUCCAUUGUCAGGGUCCAUGCUCGGCCAGUGCGGUUCAGAGAGUCCCUGAAGGACUUGGAGGUGCCAGAGGGCAAGGCUGCCACACUACACUGUGUGCUGUCAUCCGUGGCUGCACCUGUGGAGUGGCGUCAUGGCGAUGAUGUCUUGAAAUCCGGCAACAAGUAUAGUCUGCGCCAAGAGGGUGCCGUGCUGGAACUGGUCAUCCGAGACCUGAAGCCCCAGGACAGUGGGCAAUACUCAUGCUCCUUUGGGGACCAGACAACUUCAGCUACACUCACAGUGAAAAUCUCAUCUGCCCAGUUCAUAGGAAAACUGAGAAACAAGGAGGCCACAGAAGGGACCAUGGCCACACUUCGGUGUGAGCUGACCAAAGAGGCCCCCGUGGAAUGGAAGAAGGGAACAGAGACCCUGAGAAACGGGGACAAAUACACUCUGAAGCAGGAUGGAGCUGUGUGUGAGCUGCAGAUCUGUAGCCUGCUGGUGGCAGAUGCAGGGGAGUACUUGUGUGUGUGCGGACAGGAGAAGACUUCAGCCACACUGACUGUCAAGGCUCUGCCUGUCCACUUUAUCAGAAGGCUCAGGAGCAAGGAGGCCACGGAAGGGGACACGACCACGCUGCAGUGUGAACUGAGCAAGGCGGCCCCUGUGGAGUGGAGGAAGGGAACAGAGACCCUGAGAGAUGGGGACAGAUACACCCUGAAGCAGGAUGGGGCCCUGUGUGAGCUGCAGAUCCGCAGCCUGGUUAUAGAAGAUGCUGGCGAGUACUUGUGCAUGUGUGGACAGGAAAAGACCUCAGCCACGAUGACCAUCAGGGCCCUUCCAGCUAAGUUCAUAGGAAGUCUGAAGAAUGAAGAGGCCAAAGAAGGAACCACGGCUACACUGAGCUGUGAACUGAGCAAGGUGGCUCCUGUGAUGUGGAAGAAAGGAACGAAGACCUUGCGAGACGGAGACAAAUAUGGCCUGAGGCAGGACGGAGCUGUGUGUGAGCUGCAGAUCCAUGGCCUGACCACAGCCGAUGCUGGAGAGUACUCAUGUGUGUGUGGGCAGGAGAAGACAUACGCCACGCUGACUGUCAGGGCCAUGCCCACCAAAUUCACAGAGGGUCUGAGGAAUGAAGAGGCCACAGAAGGCACCAUGGUGACUCUGAGGUGCCAGAUGAAUAAGGCAGCCACUGUGGAGUGGAGGAAGGGAACAAAGACCCUCAGAGAUGGAGACAGAUACAGCCUGAGGCAGGAUGGGGCCAUGUGUGAGCUACAGAUCCAUGAUCUAGCUGUGGAAGAUGCUGGGGAGUUCUCAUGCGUGUGUGGGCAGGAGAGGACCUCAGCCACACUGAGUGUCAAGGCCUUGCCCUCCAAAUUCGUAGAAGACUUGAGAACCCAAGAGGCUACAGAAGGCACCAUGGUGACUCUGAGGUGCCAGAUGAGCAAGGCGGCCCCUGUGGAGUGGAGGAAGGGGUCAGAGACCCUCAGUGAUGGUGGCAGAUACAGCCUGAAGCAGGAUGGGGCCAUGUGUGAGCUACAGAUCCAUGAUCUAGCUGUGGAAGAUGCUGGGGAGUUCUCAUGCGUGUGUGGGCAGGAGAGGACCUCAGCCACACUGAGUGUCAAGGCCCUGCCCCCCAGAUUCAUAGAAGACUUGAGAAGCCAAGAGGCUACAGAAGGCACCAUGGUGACUCUGAGGUGCCAGAUGAGCAAGGCGGCCCCUGUGGAGUGGAGGAAGGGGUCAGAGACCCUGAGAGAUGGGGGCAGAUACAGCCUGAGGCAGGAUGGGGCCAUGUGUGAGCUGCAGAUCCGUGAUCUAGCUGUGGAAGAUGCUGGGGAGUUCUCAUGCGUGUGUGGGCAGGAGAGGACCUCAGCCACACUGAGUGUCAAGGCCCUACCCCCCAAAUUCGUAGAAGACUUGAGAAGCCAAGAGGCUACAGAAGGCACCAUGGUGACUCUGAGGUGCCAGAUGAACAAGGCAGCCAGUGUGGAGUGGAGGAAGGGGUCAGAGACCCUCAGUGAUGGUGGCAGAUUCAGCCUGAGGCAGGAUGGGGCCAUGUGUGAGCUACAUAUCCGUGAUCUAGCUGUGGAAGAUGCUGGGGAGUUCUCAUGCGUGUGUGGGCAGGAAAGGACUUCAGCCACACUGAGUGUCAAGGCUCCACAGGUGGUAUUCCAGAAGCUUCUGCAGAAUCUGCAAGCAGAAGAAGGCUCCAUGGCUAGCCUGCGGUGUGAGCUGUCAGUCCCCAACACGGCUGUGGUCUGGAGCAAGGGCGGCCUGGAGCUGCAGGCUGACACACGCCGAGAGGCACGGCAGCAGGGGUGUGUCGCAGAGCUGCUGCUUAGGGACGUGCGCCGUGAGGAUGCGGGCGAGUACAGUUGCACCUGUGGCUCUCAGACCACAAGCGCCACGCUCAUGGUCACAGCUGCUCCCGUGCGGUUCCUACGGGAGCUGCAGGCCCAGGACGUCGAUGAGGGGACCACCGCACGCCUGCGCUGUGAGCUGAGCCGAGAGGCUGUGAGUGUGGAGUGGCGCAAGGGCUCCCUGGAGCUUUUUCCUUGUGCUAAGUAUGAGAUGGUGCAGGAGGGCACAACUGCGGAGCUGCUGGUCCACGGGGUGGAGCAGGAGGAUGCCGGCGAAUACACCUGCGAUGCAGGCCACACACAGAGCAUCGCCAGGCUCUCCGUCCGAGCCCCCAAGCCCAAGUUCAAGACUGGCCUUCAGAGCACAGAGCAGGAAGCAGGUAGCAUGGCCCGGCUGUGUUGUCAACUGAACGAAGCUGAGCCGGGGACUCCAGUGCAGUGGCUCAAGGAGGGGAUAGAGCUGCAUGUCGGUCCCAAGUAUGAGAUGCGGUGCCAAGGGGCUACGUGCGAGCUGCUGAUCCACGAGCUGGAGGCCAAGGACACCGGGGAGUAUGCCUGCGUGGUGGGUGGCCAGAAGACUCUGGCCUCUCUCAGAGUCAAAGAGCCUGAGGUGACCAUUGUCCGGGGACUCGUGGACAUGGAGGUCCAGGCUGAUGAGGAUGUGGAGUUCACAUGCAAGGUGUCACGGGCAGGAGCCACAGACGUGCGGUGGCACCUCCAAGGUCUGCCACUGCAGAGCAAUGAAGUGACAGAGGUGGCUGUUCUCAGAGACGGCUGUACCCAUGUGCUCCAGUUGAAGGGUGUGACACUGGAGGAUGCUGGUACUGUCUCCUUCCACGUGGGCAGCCAUUCAUCUUCUGCUCAGCUCACAGUCCGAGUACCUGAGGUGACCGUUCUGGAGCCCCUGAAGGAUGUGAAGCUCAGCGAGGGCCAGGAUGCCCACUUCCAGUGCCGGCUGUCCAGGGCCUCGGGCCAGGAGGCUCGCUGGGCUUUGGGAGGGGUUCCUUUGCAGUGCAACGAGAUGAACAACAUCACUGUGGAGCAGGGCACACUCUACCUGCUCACUCUGCACAAGGUGACUCUCGAGGACGCUGGAACCAUCACUCUCCAAGUGGGCUCAUGCUCCUCAGAGGCCCAGCUGAAGGUCGCAGCCAAGAACACAGUGGUGCGUGGCCUGGAGAAUGUGGAUGCACUGGAGGGCGGCGAAGCUCUGUUCGAGUGCCAGCUGUCCCAGCCUGAAGUGGCUGCCCACACCUGGCUGCUGGACGACGAGCCGGUGCACACAUCGGAAAACGUGGAGGUGGUCUACUUUGAGAACGGACUGCGGCACCUGCUUCUGCUCAAAAACCUGAAGCCACAGGACAGCUGCCGAGUGACCUUCCUGGCAGGGGAUGUGGUCACGUCUGCGUUCCUCACUGUGAGAGGCUGGCGCUUGGAAGUCCUAGAGCCCCCACAAGAUGCAUCUGUGAAAGCGGGUAUGCAGGUCUGCUUCACCUGCAUACUAAGUGAGGCAGUGCCCGUGGGCGAGGCUACUUGGUACGUCAACGGGGCUGCCAUCCAACCUGAUGACACUGACUGGACAGUCACCGCAGAUGGCAGCCACCAUGCCUUGACACUGAACAACGCCCAGCCUCAACACGCAGGAGAGGUCACAUUUGCAGCACGUGAUGCCGUGGCCUCUGCACGCCUCUCUGUGUUGGCUCUCCCUGAUCCCCCUGAAGAUGCUGAAGUGGUGGGUCGUAGUGACCAUUCUGUGACCCUAUCCUGGGUGGCUCCCCUGAGUGAUGGUGGCGGUGGUCUAUGUGGUUAUCGUGUGGAGAUGAAGGAGGCAUCCACAGGCCAGUGGCAGCUGUGCCACGAGUUAGUACCUGGCCCAGAGUGUGUGGUGGACGGCCUGGUCCCUGGGAAGACCUACCGUUUCCGAGUGGCAGCUGUGGGUCCAGCAGGUGCUGGGGAGUCUGUACAUCUGCCCCAGAUGGUCAAGAUAGGCCCAGCCCCAGCCCCAGCCCCAGCCCCAGCCCCAACCCCAGCAACACGGCAGGCAGUGGUUGGUGAAGAUGUGUGUCUGGAGUUGGAAGUGGCAGCUGAUGCUGGCGAGAUCGUCUGGCACAAAGGAACAGAGCGCAUCCAGCCCAGCGGGCACUUUGAGAUCUUCUCUCAGGGUCAGCGGCAGAUGCUGGUGAUCAAGGGCUUUAGGACUGAAGACCAAGGAGAAUACCGCUGUUGUCCCAUCCAGGGCCUACACUCCUCAGGAGCUGCCACUUUCAACGUGGUCAUGACCUCAGGCUCUGGGGAUGAGGUCCCCGCACAGCCUAGCCUCCCUCCUGAGGCAGCCCAGGAGGGUGACCUGCAUCUGCUUUGGGAGGCCCUUGCCCGGAAGCGCCGCAUGAGCCGAGAGCCCACGCUGGACUCCAUCAGUGAGCUGCCCGAGGAAGAUAGCCGUGUGCAGCAUCUGCGGCAGGAAGCAGAAGAGACAGCUCCUGACCUCUCUGAGGGCUACUCUACAGCCGAUGAGCUAGCACGCACAGGAGAGGCUGACCUCUCACACACCAGCUCAGACGAUGAGUCACGGGCUGGCACCCCUUCCCUAGUUACCUACCUCAAGAAGGCCGGGGGUCCUGGGAUCUCACCCUUGGCCAGCAAGGUGAGCCUCCUAGUGGUCACGUCUGUGAAGCCACAAAGGCAGCAGGAGCCAGUAGUGCCCACAUGCCCACUGCCGGGAGACUUGAGUGCAGCAGAUUUGAAGGAUCCAUCCCUGGACAAGGCAGCUGUGAAGAUCCAGGCUGCCUUUAAGGGCUACAAAGUGCGGAAGGAGAUGAAGCAUCAGGAAGGGCCUGUAUUCUCACGAACAUUCGGGGACACAGAGGCACAGGUUGGGGAUGUGCUGCGGCUGGAGUGUGUGGUGGCCACCAAGGCUGAUAUGCGGGCUUGCUGGUUGAAGGAUGGCAUCGAGUUAACAGACGGGCGCCAUUAUCACAUAGACCAGCUCAAGGAUGGUACCUGCUCUCUACUGAUCACUGGCCUGGGCCCCACUGACUCUGGACGUUACACCUGUCAAGUGAGCACCAAGUUUGGACGUGUGAGCCACAGUGCCUGUGUGGUGGUCAGUGGGACAGAGAGUGAGGCUGAGAGCUCCUCCGGGGGUGAGCUGGAUGAUGCCUUCCGCCGGGCAGCAAGACGCCUGCACCGUCUCUUCCGCACCAAGAGCCCAGCUGAGCUUUCAGAAGAGGAGAUCUUCCUCAGUGCUGAUGAAGGCCCCGUGGAGCCAGAGGAGCCUGCAGACUGGCAAACAUACCGAGAGGAUGAAAACUUUGUGUGCAUCCGUUUUGAGUCGCUUGCAGAGGCCUGCCGGGCAGUCACCUGCUUCCGUGACAUGUUUGCCACCAUGGGCAUCGAGGUGGAGAUCAGCCUAGGGGAGCAGGGACCCCGGGGAGUGGAGAUGCGCAUUGGCAAGGUGGCCCCCGCUGUCACCCCUGCAGUGCCACUUGCAAAGACACCUGGCCUGCAGACUUCAGAUGCUGCCCCAGUGUUCCUGACUGAGCUGCAGAACCAAGAUGUGCAGGAUGGAUACCCCAUGAGCUUCGACUGCGUGGUAACAGGCCAGCCCAUGCCCAGUGUGCGCUGGUUCAAGGAUGGGAAGUUGCUAGAAGAAGAUGACCACUACAUGAUCAACGAGGACCAGCAGGGGGGUCACCAGCUCAUCAUCACAGCAGUGGUGCCAGCAGACAUGGGAGUCUACCGCUGCCUGGCAGAGAACAGCAUGGGCGUCUCCUCCACAAAGGCUGAGCUUCGUGUGGAACUGACCAGCACAGACUAUGACACUGCUGCUGAUGCUACUGAGACCUCAUCCUACUUCAGCGCCCAGGGAUACCUGUCCAGCCGGGAGCAAGAGGGAACAGAGUCAGAUGAGGGGCAGCUUCCCCAGGUGCUAGAGGAACUGAAAGACCUCCAAGUGGCCCCUGGCACACGCCUGGCCAAGUUCCAGCUCAAGGUGAAAGGCUAUCCAGCCCCCAAACUGUACUGGUUCAAAGAUGGCCAGCCCCUGACCGCAUCUGACCACAUCCGCAUGACUGACAAAAAGACCCUGCACACCCUGGAGAUUGUCUCCGUCACCCGGGAGGACAGCGGUCAAUAUGCAGCCUACAUCAGCAAUGCUGUGGGUGCUGCCUAUUCAUCAGCCCGGCUGCUGGUCCGAGGUCCUGGUGAACCAGAAGAGAAGCCAGCGUCAGAUGUUCAUGAGAGGCUGGUGCCACCCCGAAUCCUAGAGAAGUUCACCCCCAAGAAAGUGAAGAGGGGCUCCAGCAUCACCUUUUCAGUGAAGGUGGAAGGACACCCAGCUCCCAGUGUGCAUUGGCUCAAGGAGGAGGCAGAGAAGGGAGUGCUGUGGAUUGGCCCUGAUACCCCUGGCUACACCAUGGCCAGCUCUUCCAAGCAGCAUAGCCUGGUCCUGCUAGACGUAGGCCGACAGCAUCAGGGCACCUACACAUGCAUUGCCACCAACGCUGCUGGCCAGGCGCUCUGCUCUGCCAGUCUUCACAUCUCCGGCUUGGCCAAAGAGGAAGAGCAGGAGAGAGUGAAGGAGGCCCUCAUUUCCUCCUUCCUGCAAGGGACAAGCCAAGCUGUCUCAGCCCAGAUGUCAGAAUCCACAGGUUUUGCUGAUCUUGUCGGGCAGAGGAAAGGUGAGUCCCUUGUGGCUGAGGAGGCCCACAGUCACCUGUCCCUUGCUGAGGUGGGCACAGAAGCGUUCCUGCAGAAACUAACCUCGCAGAUCACCGAGAUGGUAUCGGCCAAGAUCUCACAGGCCAAACUCCAGGUGCCUGGAGGUGACAGUGAUGAGGAAUCCAAGACACCAUCUGCUUCUCCUCGGCAUGGCCGGUCACGUCCUUCCUCCAGUGUUCAAGAGUCCUCCUCAGAGUCAGAGGAUGGAGACUCCCGUGGUGAGAUCUUUGACAUCUACGUGGUCACAGCUGACUAUCUGCCCCUGGGAGCUGAGCAGGACGCCAUCAUUCUGCGAGAAGGCCAGUAUGUGGAGGUCCUUGAUUCAGCCCAUCCCCUGCGCUGGCUUGUACGCACCAAGCCCACCAAAUCCAGCCCUUCCAGGCAGGGCUGGGUGUCACCUGCCUACCUGGACAAGAGACUCAAGCUGUCUCCUGAGUGGGGACCCACUGAGGCCCCCGAGUUCCCUGGUGAGGCUGUGUCUGAGGAUGAGUAUAGAACAAGGCUGAGCUCUGUCAUCCAGGAGUUGCUGAGUUCAGAGCAGGCUUUUGUGGGUGAGCUGCAGUUCUUGGAGAGCCACCACAUGAAGCACCUGGACCGAUCUCCCCGUGUACCCGCAGCUGUGGCCAGCCAGAAGACAGUCAUCUUUCGUAAUGUCCAGGACAUCAGCCAUUUCCACAGCAGCUUCUUGAAGGAGCUGCAGGGCUGCGGCACCGACGAUGAUGUGGCCAUGUGCUUUAUCAAGAACCAAGAGGCCUUCGAGAAGUACCUGGAGUUCCUGGUGGGCCGCGUGCAAGCUGAAUCAGUGGUUGUCAGCACCCCAGUCCAGGAGUUCUACAAGAAAUAUGCAGAAGAGACACUGUCAGCCAAGGACCCCACACAGCCACCUCCACCUCCUCUUCAGCACUACCUGGAGCAGCCAGUGGAACGGGUGCAGAAAUACCAGGCCUUGCUGAAGGAGCUAAUCCGCAACAAGGCCCGAAACCGGCAGAACUGUGCGCUGCUGGAACAGGCCUAUGCUGUGGUGUCUGCCCUGCCUCAGCGUGCCGAGAACAAGCUGCACGUUUCCCUCAUGGAGAACUAUCCAGGAACCCUGGAGGCCCUGGGAGAACCUAUCCGCCAGGGCCACUUCAUAGUGUGGGAGGGGGCUCCAGGGGCCCGGAUGCCUUGGAAGGGCCACAACCGGCAUGUCUUCCUCUUCCGAAACCACCUGGUGAUCUGCAAGCCCAGGAGAGACUCUCGAACUGAUACCUUCAGCUAUGUGUUCCGGAACAUGAUGAAGCUGAGUAGCAUCGACCUGAAUGACCAGGUAGAGGGGGAUGACCGUGCCUUUGAGGUGUGGCACGAGCGGGAAGAUUCUGUGCGCAAGUACCUGCUGCAGGCACGGACUGUCAUCAUCAAAAACUCGUGGGUGAAGGAGAUCUGUGGCAUCCAGCAGCGCCUUGCCCAGCCAGUAUGGCGUCCCCCUGAGUUUGAAGAGGAACUAGCUGACUGCACAGCCGAGCUGGGUGAGACAGUCAAGCUAGCAUGCCGAGUGACUGGCACACCUAAGCCUAUUGUCAGCUGGUACAAAGAUGGGAAGCCAGUGGAGGUGGACCCACACCACAUCCUCAUUGAAGACCCUGACGGCUCCUGUACCCUCAUCUUGGACAACCUUACUGGCAUAGACUCUGGCCAGUACAUGUGUUUUGCGGCCAGUGCUGCUGGCAACGCCAGCACCUUGGGGAAGAUUCUAGUACAAGUGCCCCCACGAUUUGUGAACAAGGUCCGGGCCACACCCUUUGUGGAGGGAGAGGACGCACAGAUCACCUGCACAGUGGAAGGAGCCCCGUACCCUCAGAUCAGGUGGUACAAGGAUGGUGCCCUGUUGACCCUGGGCAACAGGUACCGGAUGUUGAAUGAGCCCCGCAGUGGCAUGCUGGCGCUAGUGAUCCAGGCGGCCAGCAAAGAGGACCUGGGACACUAUGAAUGUGAGUUGGUGAACCGGUUGGGCUCAACACGUGGCGGUGGAGAACUCUACAUGCAGAGCCCGGCACUGCGUGCCCGGGACCAGCACCACCGGGAACAGCUUGUGGCUGCCGUGGAAGUCACUGAGCAGGAGACAAAAGUCCCCAAGAAAACCGUCAUCAUAGAGGAGACCAUCACCACUGUAGUGAAGAGUCCUCGUGGCCGACGACAGUCCCCCAGCAAGUCUCCCUCCCGUUCACCCUCCCGCCGCUCUGCCAGUCCACGGAGGCCAGGGCUGUUGGCCCCUGAGAUGCUGUACCCACCAGGGACCAGCCCAUCCCGGAGGCUUGAAGUAGAACAAGGCAGGAAGGCCCCAGUGCCUGCAUUGUAUGUGACAGAAGUUGAGGCCCACACUCCAGCCUCGCAGUCCCAGCCCAAGUGGUUAGAGGUGGAGGAAACCAUUGAAGUCCGGGUGAAGAAGACAGGGUCACGAGGUGCAUCUCCUGUCCGAGAGACGACCAGCCAUGGAGAAGGAAUUCUCUUCACACUGCCUGGUGGGAUCCCUGGUAGGGACCCAAAUGCCAACAACUCCAACAACAAGAGUGUGUACCAGGAAGCCCGGACCUGGGGUCCCACUGUGGUCCAUGUUGGUGAACCUUUUGUCUUCCAAGUGGACUCAGUGGGCAAUGUGGACUGGACAGCUGCUAACCCUGAGCCAGAGGAGGUCAGAGCCUCCCAGGAGGAAGAGAACAUUGAGAGGAAGGAAGGAGGCAAUGACGAAGACGAGAAUACCUUCCGGAUGGAAGAACCGCAGGACAUUGACAGCCUUCAGGGCCGUGACCCCAAAAUCCUCACACACAAUGGCCGGGUGCUGACAUUGGCUGACCUGGAAGAUUAUGUUCCCCAGGAAGGAGAGACUUUUGGCUGUGGGGACCCCACCCCCAAAACCCCUGAUGAACCUCCCUGUGAAGUCUCUGUGCUCCAGAGAGAGAUCAGCGAGCCCACUGUGGGGCAACCUGUCCUGCUCAAUGUGGGGCGUCCUCCAGGCCCCAGUGCCACCCCCAGCUUCUUCAGGCCAGGUUCUCAGGUCCACAGCCCUGAGAGCGUCUCCUUCCUUUUGCGUGAGGCCUGGACAGGUCCAGUGAGUGCUGCCCCUUGGACAAGCUCCUUCCGUACCCAUGUCCAGAGUUCUGUCGACAGUGGCCAUGGAAGCUUCAAGACAGAAGUCUCCACCCAGACAGUCAGCUUUGGGGCUGUAGGAGAGACAGUCACUUUGCAUAUUAACCCAGAUGGUGGAGAGGCCCCAGACACCUCCAUGGAGGGCUCUGCCCACCACACCCAGGAUGGAGCUGACCAAGAAGCCACUUCUGUCCUUUGGAGACUGCUGGGCUCAGAAGCCCUCAGUCCCUCUCCAGGGGAUUUCCAGAACACCAGACAAAGUGAGCCACCUGCAUUUGAAGAAGCUGCUCCCCAGAUUCCAGGCACAGCUUCAGGUACACCCGGUGGACUCCCGGAGGUCUCGCAGCCUGGCACACACAAAGGCCUGGAGCAGGAGAAGACAACAACUUCUGGGUCCCAGGGAUGGACCGUACCCAUUCGGGUGGAGGGCACAGCCUGGCCAGGUGCAGGCACUGGGCAGCUGCUCUUGGAUGUACACAGCCAAGUCAUCGUGGAGACCACACAGAGGACCUAUGUGUGCCAAGCUCCUGACACAAGUGUCACAAGGCCCCCAUCCAUGCAGGUCACUAUUGAGGACAUACAAGUACAAGUAGGGGACAUGGCACAGUUUGAUGCUGUCAUUGAAGGCAACCCACCGCCCACAGUGACCUGGUACAAGGACAGCACCCAGCUGAUGGAUGGUGCCCGGCUGAGCCAGAGGCAAGAUGGAACCACUUAUUCCUUGGUGUUGACUGACGUGGCGCCACAUGAUGCUGGUGUCUACACAUGUGUUGCCAAUAACACAGGUGGACAGGUGCUCUGCAAGGCGGAGCUGCUGGUCCAUGGGGGGGACAAGCUAGAUGCCGAAAAGCAAGUCUAUCGGAGAAAACUGCAUUCCUUCUACGAGGUUCAAGAAGAGAUCGGGAGGGGUGUGUUCGGUUUCGUAAAAAGGGUUCAGCAUAAAGGAAACAAGAUGUCCUGUGCAGCCAAAUUCAUCCCCCUUCGGAGCAAAACUCGGGCCCAGGCAUACCAAGAACGAGACAUCUUGGCUACACUUGGCCACCCACUGGUCACUGGGCUCUUGGACCAGUUUGAGACCCGGAAGACUCUCAUCCUUAUCUUGGAACUGUGCUCAUCUGAGGAGCUGCUGGAUCGACUCUUCAAGAAGGGUGUAGUGACUGAAGCUGAGGUCAAGGUCUACAUCCAGCAGCUGGUGGAAGGCCUACACUAUUUGCACAGCCAUGAUAUCCUCCACCUGGACAUAAAGCCCCCCAACAUCCUGAUGGUGCACCCAGCUCGGGAAGACAUUAAGAUCUGUGACUUUGGCUUUGCCCAAAAGAUCACCCCUUCAGAGCCACAGUACAGCAAGUACGGCUCACCUGAAUUCGUGUCCCCAGAGAUCAUCGAGCAGAGUCCUGUGAGUGAGGGCUCAGACAUCUGGGCGAUGGGUGUCAUCUCCUACCUCAGCCUCACCUGCUCAUCCCCAUUUGCUGGAGAGAGCGACCGUGCUACCUUGCUCAAUGUUUUGGAGGGGCGAGUCUCUUGGAGCAGUCCCAUGGCUGCUCACCUGAGUGAGGAUGCCAAGGACUUCAUCAAGGCCACGCUGCAAAAGACCCCCAGGGCCCGGCCUAGCGCUUCCCAGUGCCUUGCCCACCCCUGGUUCCUGAAAUCCAUGCCGGCUGAGGAAGCCCACUUCAUCAACACCAAACAGCUCAAGUUCCUUCUUGCUCGAAGUCGCUGGCAGCGUUCCUUGAUGAGCUACAAGUCUAUCCUGGUGAUGCGCUCCAUCCCUGAACUGCUCCAGGGCCCUCCAGACAGUCCGUCUCUAGGAGUGGCCCGGCACCUACGUGGGGAAGCCAGUGGCUCCUCCAGCUCAUCGUCUUCCUCGGACAAUGAGCUUGCCCCAUUUGCCAGGGCUAAGUCGCUGCCACCUUCCCCUGUGACUCACUCGCCACUGCUGCACCCUCGGGGCUUUCUGAGGCCUUCAGCCAGCCUCCCAGAGGAGACAGAGGCCAGCAUGCCCACUGCUGACGCAGCCGUGCCAGCAUCCCCCCAGGGUGCUGGGCCUCCAGCAAGCCCAGGUUGUGUGCCCCGGCACAGCGUCAUCAGCAGCUUGUUCUACCAGCAAGCUGGCGAGGGUGCAGAGCGUGGGAGCAAAACGUUGGGUGCCAAGAGGCACCCUGCUCGGAAGCGGCACCUGCUAAAGGGUGGGUACAUUGCAAGGGCCCUCCCCGGUCUGAGAGAGCCACUGAUGGAGUACAGCUUGUUGGAGGAAGAGGCUGCUAGGGAGGAGCAGGCCUCUCUGAUGACCAAGACACCAUCCUUUGAGACUGCCCUGCGACUACCUAGUUCCAAUGUCAGAGAGGUCCCAGGCCGAAGCCGCUCGCUGGACAACCCACCAGUCACUACCGGCCCCUUUCCUGAGGCAUGCAAAGAACAAUACCUGGUGCCACCCUCCUCAAGGUUCACUCAUGAAACCACUGCUAAGGACAUGGGGCACAAAGAGGGGUUCUUGCAGGAAUCUGUCCCUUUUCCACCUAUGAGUGGUGACUCGAGGCCUGUUAAGCAAGAAGGACCAUCCCGGGACAGUUGUAGAGGGAAACCAGCCCCUUCCUGUCACUCUGAACUGGGUUCUGGACCCCAGGAGGGCUGUGGCUCUCCAUCACCACAGUCGCUUGGCUCCUUACCUCCACAGUCACUAAAGAGAGAGCUCUCAACACCCUGUGGCCCGCUCUUGUCAGAGCAGCCUCAGGCAGCCCCAUUCCCAACUCAAGCAAGCCCCCUUCUGGGUUCUGAGAAGGAACCUCAGGAUAGCUCUCUACCUGAAAGGCCUUGUCCAGUUCCCUCCAGUUCCCCAGGGUCAGCCUCCCAAGCAGAUGCGUCCCUGGAUACUGAAGGCUUGUCUGAGGCUGGGGACACAUGUGACUUCACGCCUCCUCCACAGCGGCCUCAGGAGCAGGCCACCACCCGGAAGUUCUCUCUGGAAUCCCGUGGGGGCUAUGCAGGGGUGGCAGGCUAUGGCACCUUUGCCUUUGGUGGGGAUGCAGGGGGGAUGCUAGGGCAGGGUCCUCUUUGGGCGAGGAUGGCCUGGGCUGUGUCCCAGUCCUCAGAAGAGCAGGAGGAAGCUGCGAUUGAGAGCCCUCAACCGCUGGACAGCUCAGGGCCUACUGCUGAGGCCAGUGGAGUUUCCCCAAGGACCUCUCCAAGCCUCACCCCAUGGGAGGAAGUUGAGCAGGUUUCCCUGGUACAGAUCCGGGAUCUGUCUGGUGAUGCGGAAGCAGCCGACACCAUCUCCUUGGACAUUUCCGAGGUAGAUCCUGCUUACCUUAACCUCUCCGAUCUAUACGACAUCAAAUACCUCCCAUUUGAGUUCAUGAUCUUCAGGAGGGUCCCCAAACCUGUAGAGCAGCCAGAGUCACCUGACUCAGAAACUGAAGCCGGGCAAGGACUGGCAGGUUUCCUGGAAGAGGCCGUGUGGCCCUGGCCUGGCGAGCUGGGACUGCGUGCUGGUCUGGAGAUUACAGAGGAGCCAGAGGAGUCCGGGGACCUGGAAGCACUGCUGGGCGAGGCUGCUGUGAGCAGGAAGCGCAAGUGGUCCCCCUCCCGUGGCCUCUUCCAGUUCCCUGGGAGGUGCCUGUCAGGGGAGGAGCCUGUGGAGCUCGGGCUGCGCCAGAGGGUGAAGGCUUCCAUGGCCCACAUCUCCAGGAUCCUGAAGGGCAGGCCAGAAGGUCCUGAGAAAGAAGGGCCUCCCAGAAAGAAGGCAGGCCUAGCUUCUUUCCGGCUGUCAGGCCUAAAGGGCAGGGACCAAGCACCAUCCUUCCUGAGAGAACUCUCAGACGAGGCUGUGGUCCUGGGUCAAUCAGUGACACUGGCCUGCCAGGUGUUGGCCCAGCCAACUGCCCAGGCUACCUGGAGCAAAGAUGGUGUCCUUCUGGAGAGCAGCGGCCACCUCCUCAUCUCUUCCACCCUGAAGAACUUCCAGCUGUUGACCAUCCUGGUGGUGACAGAGGAGGACCUGGGCACAUAUACCUGCUGUGUGAGCAAUCCGCUGGGGACAGCAGUCACCACAGGUGUCCUGCGGAAAGCAGAGCGCCCUUCGUCUUCUCCACGCCCGGAGGUCGGGGAACUAUACACAGAUGCGGUGCUGCUGGUCUGGAAGCCUGUGGAAUCCUGUGGCCCGGUGACCUACAUUGUACAGUGCUGUUUAGAAGGAGGCAGCUGGACAACCCUGGCCUCUGACAUCUCCGACUGCUGCUACCUCAGCGGCAAGCUGUCCAGGGGUGGCAUGUAUACCUUCCGGACAGCAUGUGUCAGCAAAGCAGGAAUGGGCCCCUACAGCAGCCCCUCAGAACAGGUCCUCCUCGGAGGACCCAACCACCUGGGCUCUGAGGAGGAAAGCAGUCGGGGGAGGCCAGCACAGCUUCUCCCCAGCACAAAGACCUUUGCCUUCCAGAUGCAGAUCCGGAGGGGCCGCUUCAGUGUGGUGCGGCAGUGUAGGGAGAAGGCAAGUGGGCGGGCCCUGGCCGCUAAGAUUGUUCCCUACCAGCCUGAAGACAAGACAGCUGUACUAAGAGAGUAUGAGGCACUUAAGAGACUGCACCACCCACACCUGGCCCAACUCCAUGCAGCCUACCUCAGUCCCCGGCACCUGGUGCUCAUCCUGGAGCUGUGCGCUGGCCCUGAGCUGCUACCCUGUCUGGCAGAGAGGGACUCCUACUCAGAGUCUGAUGUGAAGGACUACCUGUGGCAGAUGCUGAGUGCCACCCAGUACCUGCAUGCCCAACACAUCCUGCACCUGGACCUGAGGUCCGAGAACAUGAUGGUCACUGAGUACAACCUGCUUAAGGUUAUAGACCUGGGUAAUGCCCAGAGUCUCAGCCAAGAGAAGAUCCCACCCCCUGAGAACUUCAAAGACUACCUGGAGACCAUGGCUCCAGAACUUCUGGAAGGCCAAGGGGCUGUUCCACAGACAGACAUCUGGGCUAUUGGUGUAACAGCCUUCAUUAUGCUGAGUGGCGAGUACCCAGAGAGCAGCGAGGGGACUCGCGAUCUGCAGAAAGGCUUGCGCAAGGGACUCAUUCGGUUGAGUCGCUGCUACGCAGGAUUAUCAGGAGGUGCCGUAGCCUUCCUGCAGAGUUCAUUGUGUGCUCAACCCUGGGGCCGCCCGUGCGCUUCCACCUGCUUGCAGUGCGGGUGGCUGACGGAGGAGGGCCCCACCGGCUCCCGGCCCACGCCCGUAACCUUCCCCACCGCGCGACUGCGCGCCUUUGUGCGUGAGCGCGAGAAGCGGCGGGCGCUACUCUACAAGAAGCACAACCUGGCCCAGGUGCGCUGAGGUCCAGCUCCACAGAGAAAGAUGUGCCAAGCUACAUUCGGACAUCCGCCAAUAAAACAUGGAAAACAGC